GCCGGGACGGGGGCCGGGACGACGGCUGGGGCGCCGGGGUCGCCAGCUCCUCGCCCACCUCCCUCCCUGUGGGAGCAGAGGAGGAGGGGAAGUGACUGCGGAGUUGAUGAACUUUGCACAUCCAGAAACGCCAUUUUGAUUCCUUUUCCGGAACAAGUUUGCAUCUCUCCUCGUUCUCUCCCCGAAGCCCACCGGUGCCCCCGCAUCAUGUCUAGAAGCCCUGCGCCCUGCCCGGCAGUAAGUUGCUCUGACUCUGCGCUUCAGGAGUGGUGGCUUUGAGGUGUGACCCUGCCUACGUCUGGGACCAGCCAGUGUCAGCUCCUCAGUAAGAAGAGCAGCUUGAUAACACAAAGAAAACAGUGUCAGCAAGUGACAACAAGAGAAGAAGAAAAGAAGUCAUCCCAGACUCAUUUCCUGCUCCAUGUGGAUGAUAGCUACAUCAGGGGGAAAUUUCAUAGUCUGUCAAUCGGGGCAGAAAAUGGAGUUUUAUGGCAGAGGCUUCUUAGAAGCUUAAAUCCCUGUCCCAAUGACGUCAAGUUCACCAGUUGGCUUGGAAGGUUCAGACCUGUCUUCCAUCAACACCAUGAUGUCAGCGGUAAUGAGUGUAGGGAAGGUCUCCGAGAAUGGCGGGAGCCCCCAGGGCAUCAAGUCCCCAGCGAAGCCUCCAGGACCAAAUCGGAUUGGCAGAAGGAACCAGGAAACAAAAGAGGAGAAGUCUUCCUAUAACUGCCCCUUGUGUGAGAAGAUUUGCACUACUCAGCACCAGCUGACCAUGCACAUUCGCCAGCACAACACGGACACUGGAGGAGCUGACCACUCGUGCAGCAUCUGCGGGAAGUCGCUGAGCUCGGCCAGCUCCCUGGAUCGCCACAUGCUGGUGCACUCUGGCGAGAGGCCUUACAAGUGCACUGUGUGUGGCCAGUCAUUUACCACCAAUGGGAACAUGCACAGACAUAUGAAGAUCCAUGAGAAGGACCCUAACAGUGCCACGGCCGCAGCUCCUCCAUCUCCUCUAAAGCGCAGACGGCUGUCCUCCAAAAGAAAACUGAGUCUCGAUGCCGAGUCAGAGAGAGAAGACCCAACACCAGCUAAAAAGAUGGUAGAGGAUGGGCAGUCAGGUGACUUGGAGAAGAAGGCUGAUGAGGUCUUCCAUUGCCCAGUAUGUUUCAAGGAGUUCGUUUGCAAGUAUGGACUGGAGACCCACAUGGAGACUCAUUCAGAUAACCCACUAAGAUGUGACAUUUGCUGCGUCACCUUUCGAACACAUCGCGGACUGCUGCGCCACAAUGCACUUGUCCACAAACAACUUCCCAGGGACGCAAUGGGAAGGCCUUUCAUACAGAACAACCCUUCGAUUCCUGCUGGCUUCCAUGACUUAGGAUUCACUGACUUCUCCUGUAGGAAGUUUCCUCGCAUUUCUCAGGCCUGGUGCGAAACAAACCUGCGGAGGUGUAUCAGUGAGCAGCACCGUUUCGUCUGUGACACCUGCGACAAAGCAUUCCCCAUGCUCUCCUCACUUGCCCUGCACAAGCAGACCCACCUUGCCGCAGACCAGGGUCGGGAAAAGCUGCAGGCCAAGGCCCUGCCUGAUGACGCCCCAGACCAGAAGGCCUUUCUGGCCUCACUGGACCUGCAGCACACCAAAGACAUCAGGCCCGCCCCUGCCGAGGAGCCCCUGCCGGAUGACAACCAAGCAAUACAGCUCCAGACACUCAAGUGUCAGCUACCUCAGGACCCCGGCUGCACCAGCGUGCUAAGUCUGUCUCCCUUCGAAGCUGCUUCCCUGGGCAGCUCUCUCACAGUUCUCCCCGCGACCAAGGAGAACAUAAAGCAUCUGUCCCUGCAGCCCUUCCAGAAGGGCUUCAUCAUCCAGCCAGACAGUAGCAUUGUGGUCAAGCCCAUAUCUGGAGAGUCGGCCAUCGAGCUGGCAGACAUCCAGCAGAUUCUGAAGAUGGCAGCCUCAGCCCCCCCUCAGAUCAGUCUUCCGCCUCUCUCCAAGGCCCCUGCUGCCCCUCUGCAGGCAAUUUUCAAGCACAUGCCCCCUCUGAAGCCAAAGCCCCUGGUCACACCAAGGACAGUGGUGGCCACCUCCACGCCCCCACCUCUCGUCAAUGCCCAGCAGGCCUCCCCUGGCUCCAUCAGUCCCAGUCUCCCACCCCCACCCCUGAAGCUCCUCAAAGGCUCGGUAGAGGCUGCGUCCAGUGCCCACCUGCUGCAGGCCAAGUCCGGGGCCCAGCCAAAUGCAGCCACACCGCUCUUCCUGCAGCAGUCACGGGUGGAGCUGCCAGGCCAGCCUGAGAUGCAGACGCAGCUGGAGCAGGACAGCAUCAUCGAGGCCCUGCUGCCACUGAGCAUGGAGGCCAAGAUCAAGCAAGAGAUCACGGAGGGGGAGCUCAAAGCCAUCAUGACUGCGCCUGGCGGCAAGAAGACGCCCGCCAUGCGCAAGGUGCUCUACCCAUGCCGCUUCUGCAACCAGGUGUUCGCGUUCUCUGGGGUGCUGCGUGCGCACGUGCGCUCGCACCUCGGCAUCUCCCCGUAUCAGUGCAACAUCUGUGACUACAUCGCCGCCGACAAAGCCGCGCUCAUCCGCCACCUGCGCACGCACAGCGGGGAGCGGCCCUACAUCUGCAAGAUCUGCCACUAUCCCUUCACCGUCAAGGCCAACUGCGAGCGGCACCUGCGUAAGAAGCACCUCAAGGCCACGCGCAAGGACAUCGAGAAGAACAUUGAGUACGUGAGCAGCAGCGCGGCCGAGCUGGUGGACGCCUUCUGCGCCCCAGACACGGUGUGCCGGCUGUGCGGCGAGGACCUGAAGCACUACCGCGCCCUGCGCAUCCACAUGCGCACGCACUGCGGCCGUGGCCUGGGCGGCGGCCACAAGGGCCGCAAGCCCUUCGAGUGCAAAGAGUGCAGCGCCGCCUUCGCUGCCAAGCGCAACUGCAUCCACCACAUCCUCAAGCAGCACCUGCACGUGCCCGAGCACGACAUCGAGAGCUACGUGCUGGCGGCCGACGCGGGCCUGAGCCCCGUGGAGGCACCGGCUGCUGAGGCCUCGAGGAGGGGGGAGGAGGGCAGCUGUGCUGCAUUUGGCGACCACAAGCCACUGGCCGCCUUCCUGGAGCCCCAAAACGGCUUUCUUCACGGGGGCCCCACCCAGCCUCCUCCCCAUGUCUCAGUCAAGUUGGAGCCCGCCAGCAGCUUUGCAGUGGACUUCAGCGAGCCCUUGGACUUUUCUCAGAAAGGCCUGGCCCUAGUCCAAGUGAAGCAGGAAAACGUCUCCUCCUUCUUGAGCCCUUCUUCCCUGGCCCCCUAUGACUGCUCCCUGGAGCCUAUUGACCUGUCUAUACCCAAGAACUUCAGGAAAGGAGACAAGGAUGCAGCUGCUCCCAGCGAAGCCAAGAAGCCUGAGCAGGAAGCGGGGCACAGCGAGCAGCCCUCUCCCUGUCCCGCCCCCUGCCCUUCCCUGCCGGUGACUCUGGAGCCGGGUGGGAUCCUGGAAAGCCCCACGGCCCCCGCGGCAGCUGCCACCACAGCCGCUCCAACGGAGCCCCACGCUCAGCCCCUGCAGGGCUCUGUUCAGCUGGCCGUCCCCAUCUACUCCUCAGCGCUGGUCAGCAGCCCUCCCCUCUUGGGCAGCUCGGCCCUCCUCAGCAGCCCAGCUUUGUUGCGGCCACUGCGGCCCAAGCCCCCCCUGCUCUUGCCAAAGCCCCCUGUGACAGAAGAGCUGCCCCCACUGGCCUCUAUUGCCCAGAUCAUCUCAUCCGUGUCCUCGGCCCCCACCCUGCUGAACACCAAGAUGGCAGACCUAGGGCCCACAGGCACUGGGAGUGACACCACGGUUUCAGACACCAUAGGAGGCUCCCUCCCCAAAGCUUCCACCGACACCACAAGCCUGAGAGAGACCAGUGAUCCUCCUCCUCCAGCCAGCAGCCCAGAGGCAGCCUCACCCACCGAGCUGGGACCAGCUGGCUCAUCAAAAAAGAGGGGCCGGAAAAGGGGAGUGAGAAACCAGCCCCGUGCCAGCAGCAGUGGGGUGGACCUGGACUCCAGUGGGGAGUUUGCCAGCAUCGAGAAGAUGCUAGCUACCACAGACACCAACAAGUUCAGUCCAUUUCUGCAGACUGCAGAGGACGGCGCUCAGGAGGAGGUGGCUGGAGCCCCCGCCGACCACCACGGGCCCAGUGACGAAGAGCAGGGCAGUCCCCCAGAAGACAAGCUGCAGCGGGCGAGGCGGAACUCCUACGCCAGCUGCCUACAGAAGAUCAACUGUCCCCGCUGUCCUCGGGUCUUCCCUUGGGCCAGCUCUCUGCAGAGGCACAUGCUCACACACACUGGUCAGAAACCCUUCCCUUGUCAAAAAUGCGAUGCCUUCUUUUCUACCAAAUCUAACUGUGAACGCCACCAGUUGCGCAAACAUGGAGUUACCACCUGUUCUCUGAGAAGAAACGGGCUUAUCCCCCAGUCAAAAGAGAGUGAUGUUGGAUCCCAUGAUAGCACAGACAGCCAGUCGGACGCCGAGACACCCGCCGCCGCGGGCGAAGUGCUGGACCUCACCUCCCGGGAGAAGGAGCGCCCUCGGCGCCUGCGGCCCGGGCCCCCGGGACCCCCGGGACCCCGGACUGAGGCCGCAGGUACGUCCUUCAGGCCUGGGGAGACAGGAGUGCCAGGCAGUUGUUCUCCGAGCCCUCGAGACAGCGAGGAGGAGCGUGGCCUCUCGGCCUCGGCGCCUUGGAGAGCUCUUGCUCCGUCCCUCAGCCCCUCUCAGCUCCAGGCCUCCCACCUCGCGCGGGAGCACGAUGUCUGCCCGGUCUGUGCAGGCGUCCAGAAGACG